ACACUGACACAAGCAAGGGAGGGGCUGCUCUGCUGCAAGAUACAUUAGAUAGAAUGAAUGCAACGAGCCUAAAGAACACUUCCUGUUGAUGCAAAAAUUGCAGCAGCAACUGCCGACACAUCUGGACUUGGAAAAGGGGGGGAGGCCUGGCUGUAGUGUUAGCGAGCUGCUGAGGGGAAUGGACAACAUCUAAAUGCCAACCUUCAAGACGGCUGUCGACAAACUGGAGAAACAUAUCCAAGAAAUGGACGACGGCAGCUACAUCGAGUUUGAUGUGCCGGAGUUCAGUAACACAGUUCUGACCCAACUCAACGAGCUGCGGCUGCAAGGGAAGCUGUGCGACAUCAUCGUCCACAUUCAGGGCCAGCCAUUUCGAGCUCACAAGGCCGUCCUGGCAGCCAGUUCACCCUACUUCCGUGACCACUCAGCCCUCAACACCAUGAGUGGCCUUUCCAUUUCAGUCAUCAAAAGCCCUGAGGUGUUUGAGCAGCUCCUUGCGUUCUGCUACACGGGUCAUAUGUCCCUCCAGCUCAAGGAUAUUAUCAGCUUCCUCACGGCGGCCAGCUUUUUGCAGAUGCAGGCAAUCAUCGACAAGUGCACCCAGAUCCUGGAGAGCAUCCAUUCCAAGAUCAGCCUCCCAGUUAAUGCUUGUAGCCCAGAUAAAGACAGCUCGCAAAUCAGUCGCAAUGGUGUAAACGACAGCAACCUGUUCAUAAACCCUACCCAGAUCUCCCCCCCUUAUUACCCCCGGCAGAGCCAGGGAGUCGGUGAAGCUCGGUCGGAACAAGUAGGCAAAGGCCAGGGCCGGGUGCGGCAGCAGCAAGAGGAGGGGCAAUCAGAUCGUGGCAGUAGCGACGGCGUGUCAGAGCAUGACGCAGUCAUCGAAGGUGAAACCGAGCAAAUAGAACUGAUUGGCAAAGAUGGGCAAGUCACAGAUGUGCAUGUGAAGGUAGAAAAAAACGACAAGCCAUCUUGCUCAGAUAGUUCUUCGGCUGGCGACGAUGGUUACCACACAGAGUUUGUGGACGGAGAACAAAUUGUGGCUGUAACCGUGGGUUCCUACGGCCCAGUCAUCCAGCCUGCUGCCUAUUCUUACUCAGGGCUGUCCUCCUCCUGCUUCGUCAACCUCAGCAACUCCAGUCCUUCUCGCUCCAUCCUCAGCGGCUUCAGAGGCGGGAGAGCCCGAUCAAAGCGCCCAGUGGCUAUCCCAGCAGGGGUCCUGAGUCAAAUGAAACCCGCUUCGGACGACACCGAAUCAGCCGUGGGCUCCGCGGGCUCCGCGGGGUUGGAGAAUGACGUGCGAGAGCGCAGCCUCCGGAGCCAGUGGUACCCGUACAACGAAAGACUCAUCUGCAUCUACUGUGGAAAGACCUUCAAUCAGAAAGGGAGUCUGGACCGCCACAUGCGCCUGCACAUGGGAAUUACCCCAUUUGUUUGUAAGUUCUGCGGCAAGAAGUACACGAGGAAAGACCAGCUGGAGUACCACAUCCGUGGCCACACAGACAACAAGCCCUUCCACUGUCAGAUCUGUGGUAAAUGCUUCCCAUUCCAGGGCACCCUUAAUCAACACCUGCGGAAGAAGCACAUGGGAGCGUCGGAGGCUAGCAAUCACACGGACUCCCCGGAGAGAACCGAGGAUAGCUCAGGUCAAAAGGACCAGGGAGACACACCAGAGGGGAUGGCCUAUGAGGCGCAGUAUGCGGAAGAGGCACCAGCCAAUGAGAUGGAGGAGAGUUCCAAAUGCAGUCCAGAGGAGGCUCAGGCAUCGAGAUGUGAUUUUUAAGGUCCUGCUUCAGGUUAUGGAAGCUUUAAGAUAUGAUUAGUUCAACUCAAUCUAUAGGACUCGCUUUCUUUUUUUUGGAAUCCCUCUGCUACAAACCUUUCUUGAUACAAGCGUUUCUGUCAGUUUUUUUUUUUUGUAAAGUUGAUGCGGAGAAUGAGUGAAAGAAAGUGGAUGCUUUAUUAUAGAAAUUCUUUCAAGCAAAGGGAGUCACAACGUACUAUUUUUGAGGUGGUCCCAGUAAUCAAGACCUCCAGUUGAUUGCUCUUUUUAUCUUUCCAUGUUUUUUAAAAAAAGAAAAAAUAUUUACAGAGUUAUAUAGGCAUGUUGCAAUAAUUGAUAAUGUGAAAGCUCUGGUAAGAUGCUUGUCAUAUCACCUUUUUACCUGACCUCUUUUUGCACAUGUGGCCACUGGAGGUCACUUACUCACAAGGAAUGAUUUUUCUGCCAGUGCAAAGCUUCGUGUGACAUAUCCGUUUAAUACCUCAUGUUGUAACUACAUACUCAUAACAGACAGUAUUUUAACUUCAGUGAAACUCACCGGGUUCUACCUCAUAGCCAAGAACCUAGCCGGCACAGACGUGUUCACCGUUUGAAAUCCGUUUUAGCUUUUAUGUACAGUUUAUCUUAUUGCCAAACGCUGUAACACUUAUUCUUUUUACACAAAGCCUUGAUACUAGGGUGGGAAAUAUUCCUUGCUGAUUGUAUGGAUUAGGGACAAAGUCCUUGUCAAAUGUCUACGGUCAGCCAGGUUAAAAUUAUGAUCAAGAAGGUGCUAUGUUAGGAGUGCAUUAAAUCUGCUAGCUUACUUGUGUGCUUCUGGCAAAUAUUGCGGACAAAUAAGAGACUGGCCCUGUUAUGAUUUCAAGAUACAUUUUUACUUUCUGUCUGGCAAUACUUGCUUUACAAAAACACUUCAGGAUUUUAUCCCACAUCACUACUGGAAGUCUCACUCAGUUGGUCCAGGUGUGGUUUUAGAUACUGUCACCCAUGAAAUGGGUGAAAUAUGUCCACGAAGUUAAGUCACAUGUAUACCUCUUUACCCUGUAGGCUAAUUUACAAUGAAUUAACAUAUGUGUGUGUGUUUUAUAAAGAGGAAGACUUCCAAUGUAAUACUCAGUAUCUGACAGAGACAAGCGUAGUUGCUGUUAACUAAGCACAGCUUAGGGACCAGCUUGAACAAUAUGCAAAAAGAAUGAACAAAGGAAUCUCAGCCAUUGCCUCAUGGUUUAUAUCCCAUCAUUUAUAAAAGCUCAUUUUGUUUUCUUGUGUUUGUUGGGAACCCAAUUAGAAGUGUGUUCCUCUGUGUCAUCGUCGUAGAUGUGGCAUAGCUGAAUUAAGGUUAAAAGAUAAAUAUGGAAAUGUAGUCAGUUUUUAAAAGUAUUAGUGCACUUUGCAGAGUUAGGUUUCAGCUUAGUGCCAGCCCACCGAUUAAAAGAGCAGAACUUCGUUUUGUCGUUCUUGAUGCAUAUUUGGAGUAUAACUUCAGUCAGAGAAAAGUGCAAAAACUUUGUUGCCAUUCUGAAAUCUUAUAAAUACUAUUGGCUUAAAGUCAUGCAUGUGGCAUGACUUUUUUAUUUUAAUUAUUUACCUAUACUCAUUGUGUUAUUUGGGAUCAGGAAAGGGGAUCUUAUUAUGUAUAAAAAGGCGCUUAAAGUGCCAAACUAACUGUUUAAAACUUAGCCGGGGGGUUCUGUUUGUGCUACUCUGCUUCUUUAUUUGCCAUCCAGCUGUUAAAUGCCUUUUUUGUGUGUGUGUGCGUGUGUGUGUGUAUUUUUAAAGAACACCUGCUAUAGACUUUAAUUUUCUCCUAUCUGGGCCAUAUGUUGAAUUUUAUGCCAAUGAACUGAAAAUUGAUUACAUUAUAGUUUAUCUCAUAUAAUUUCCAUAAUUAUUGUACGUUUGGUGGAAGAUUCUGUUAUUUGCUUUUGCCUAAAAUUACGUGAGAUCUUUAUCUCGCUACUUCUCUGAAUGUCCUUACGUCAUCUUUACGCUUUUAACGGAGGAGAUGGUGACACCAAAAUGUGGAGAAUUUCUCUUAAAUCAGUAUGGCUCGCUUUACUUUAGCAGUGUGUACAAACCAAGCGCACACUUUCACUUAUCACAAGCAGUCUGUCAGCCUAUAAAUGUUUACCAAGUACAACUUUAUAUCUGUCAAACGCUGGCAACGUUUGUCAGCUGAUCUGACCUCAUCAAUACAAGUUGCUGACUAACAUAAAUCUUUACCAUGAUCUUUACCAGUCUAAAACUAAAACAUCCAUACGCGUUAGAAUCAUCUGUUGAAUGAUGAGUAAAAAAAAAACAAAAAAAACGGUUAAAUUAAUCUUGUGCCAAGACAUUACACCAAAGACUAAUAGGUGAUUUUUAGAGUCCGUUUUGAUUAUACUAGUUUAAUGCUCAGUAAUAUAGGAUAAGGUGAUUGCUAUUUGCAAGUUUGGUUUCUCAGCUUAUAACAAUCAAUUGUGAAAGAUUUAAAGAACAUUUUCAAUAGGUAAGUCAGUAAUGCUAUAUUUUAAGCCAUAGAAAAGUUCGAUAGGUUUCGUAAUUAUUAAGUCUGCAAAAAGAACAAAAAGAGAGAGAGAACAGAGUGGCAUCCUAAACCUCGUGCCUUGCCACAAGCUUUAUACUUUAGAUCCUGGCACUUGGAAAUGUGCCUCUUUCUUGAGAAUAUGAAAUAAAAUGGCCACAACUAAAAUUAGUGUCUUGCCCAACAAUCAACAUCAAAUUGCUUCGUCACCUGACAGCCAGUCAUUUUCAGCGUAUUUCACUCGUGGUGUCAGAACACAAGGGUAGUUGUGAAGUGGAAGGAACACGAUGUAAAGCUUUCAACGAAUAACAAAACCUGAAAAGUGUGGUGUGCAUUUCGUACCCACCCAGCUCAGCGGAUAAUUUGCUGACGUUGAUUCUACCUUGAGGCGCGUCUCUACCACUAUUGCGUUUCAGAUCCUGCCAACAGUUUACCUGUGGAUUGAAAUCUACUUUUAGGUUUUGAACAUUUUAAUCCUCCUGCUGUGACUCAGGCUGUGUUCAGUCUUUUGCAACAUCCAAUUGCUUCUUUUGCUAAUUAAGUGUCCCCACACCAUGAUUCUGCCACCACCAUAUUUCACCAUACAGAUUAAGUGUUCAGGGUGAUAUGCAGUGAUACACAGGGCAUUUUACAGAGCAUAUUCUUUCACUUGUUUUCAGAGCUUGUUACCAACAUUGAACUGAAUUUACAAAAAAAAAGUCAACACAUCUCCAUAAAUACCAGAUUUGAGGAUAGUGUUGAUAAUAGUUGUCCCGGCAACACAAGUACUCACCUGAGCCGUGGUUAUCUGUAACUCCACUAGAGUUACCAGGAAUUGUUUAAAUACAUUGAUGUUUUUUUUUCCCCCCGUCGGGAAAAAAAAAAAAAUAAAUCUAAGUGCCACUCCUCAAAUUUCUCUCUCCCUCUCUACAUAUAAAGAUACUUCCUUCUAUUUCACAACUACAUACUACAUUUUUUCAAUUUGAAAAAAAUCUCAAAUUACGCAGUGAUUUCUGGUUGUAGUGUGAUAAAUUAUUCAAAAGGUUAUGAAUACAACAUUAAGGCACUGUUAAAGUGUGUACCAAGAAUGAGUUGAGCCUAAAUGUAAUCUUUGUAUUGGACUCAGCUAAAUCUAGUCUCUAACUUUCACCUAGUCUUUUUUUUUUUCUUUCUUUCUGCUUUUUUGGGGCAUGGGGACGGGCCACUGAUUUUAACUGAUCUUUGUAGCAGUGGAUCGCAAUCAAACAAGGCAGACUUGUUUCCAACAAGCCAACCGACGGCCCCGUGUUCGCAGACUGUACUCGGACAAUCUGAGUUAUGCACUGUAUUUGAAGCAUUUCAGUGAAGGAAGAUGAUGCAUGAAAAACAACAAUCUACUUCCUUUUUUUUUUUGUUAUAUUGGAGCAGGAAACUGCCUGAAUAUUCAGCAGAUAAUUAAUGAAUAUUUGUGCGGGUGGGGGGGAAAUAAAAAAAAAAGCUUAUCCUCAUAUACUGUAGCCAAAUUGCACGUUGCUCAGCCAGAAAAUUAUAAAAAUGCUAACUGAUAGAUUUAACUUAAGUUUUCUUGUAAUUGUUUCAUUGACUGUGCACUUAUAUUUGUCGAAACUACAUACCAGUUCCAACCGGAAAGUCUACUUUAUCUCCUUAUUUACAUUUAAGGAACUCAGUAAUAGUUCCCACAGUUAUUUUUGGUAAGUAGGUAGGGAUGUUGUUCUCUUAAGUGGUGCUUUUAGCUUAUUAAAUUAUGUAUUCAUGAUUGGUGAAUGGAGGCAGAAUUGUUUAAAGGCUUUUUAUUUUAUUAUUUUUUUUUAAUAAACCAUAGCUACUUCUUAGAUAGUACACACUUCCAGAACCAACUGAACUUGAAACACUUUCAGAUUGGCUCUUUGUCAGUUUUUAGGUCCACCUCUUCGAAAGGAACCGGAGAUGCAUUUUGGGCCACAAGUAAUCAAAAGGAAGUGUUUACAAGGAAGGCUGUCAGACUACUUCUUUUUAAAAUUGCAGCUCGUCCUAUUCCUUUUAUAAUAAACUCACUUCAGGUAGUUAACGAACACUGAUACAGGCUUAAAAAAAAUAAAAAAUCACAAGUCUUCCAUAGCUUUUCAGUCAGUUUCUGUCCACUAUGUAUUAUUGAAAGAAAAGCAAUAACCUCUUUUUUUUUUUUAUUUGAGAGAGAGAUCGUGGGGUAUUGGGAUCAUCAAGCCUAAUGAAAUAUUGGCCUGUCAUGUAUCAAACACAACAAUGUCAGGGAGCGGAUGAGCUGAAGUAGGACCAGGAUGAUUUUAAUACUGCUUUAUCUUUAUUUUUUUCUAUUUUGUUUUUUUUUUUAUAAUACUUUGGAUGGUUUGACUUUACUUUUCACAACAACAAUAACAACAACAACAAAAAAGAAUAUUCGAUCAAAGGUUUUGUUGUUAAAGAGAUGUUUCAGAUGCUCAUCGAGAUGCAGAGGGAGUCGGUGAACUGCAGCAGAAACUGGGCGCUCAGCGGCACCGUUUAUGUUGGUGCACGUCCAGCUGAGUGAAACAAUGAAAGGGAUUUUCGGGCUGUAUCGCCACUGUAACGGAGCGCGGGGCAAAUGUGUUGAGGUUCGGCGAUCUCCGGCGGCUCCUCAGGAUUCAAAGCUGUAGUUCAGGAUCGGAGGAGAACAGUGAACAGUUCCUCCUAACGCUUUCCGCCCUGCCCCUACACUCUGCACUAUAAAGUGUCUGACUCCCAUGUAUCUAUUGACAAGGCAAAAAAGAAAAGAAAAAUCAAAAACCUCGAACUCAGGGUAUAAAUAUAUUGAUAUCCUUGGACACCGGGGAACCCAGUCUUCAGUCCCCACACGUUCUGCCUCAUGCUCUCAGUGAGCCCUUAUUUCCCACAGAGCUGAAACCCGAGGCCCGCCGGAGACCUCGAACCGAACCAUGACAGCAGAAUGGACCCGGCUCCAGUUUUUUUUUUUUUUUUUUUUUGUCUGUCCACUCUAUACACACAACCUCACAACCCAACUGUGAACCUCAGAACUCUACUGUUUUGUACAACUAUGAAGUAAAUGAAGCUAGCUACAGCUAUAGACGUUGUAUCUAUUGCCAUUUAUGAAUUUAUUUUAUAGCAUGAAAUAGAUAUAUUUAUUCAAAUUAUAUAUUUUACUCAUAAUCAUUCUGUGCUGCUUCAUUUUGGUUCUUAAGCUUGUAAAUUGCCUUUUUAUUAUCUAAAAAAAAUGUCCAUAGAAUAAUGCGUUUGUAAAAUAAAGACGCUGAUUUGGC